AAAGGGUGCCGAGCUUUCCUCUCCCACAGAUCCAUCCCCUUCGCUGCCCCGAACACCAAAAAGGAAAAGAGCCCGUAAUGGUGGUCAUCUCGGAAAUCUCCAAGGAGGGAGGAGUUAUGCAGCUGGAACAAAGAGAUCCAGUGGAGGAGGGAGGUGGAAGGCGCGACGGCGGGAUAGUUCUCGACUCGCAGAAUGCUGCCGCCGAAGUGGUGGAGCUCUUGUCAGAAGGUGGCUCAGUACCAGUGGAGAAUUCGCUUGAGGAUGCUGGCGUGUCAUCAGGGAAGCCACUUUAUAAUGAGAAUGCUCUUCGGGUGGCUUAUAUCAUGCGAGGCUACUUAUACGCGCGGUCAGGCUCGGGAAACGGCGAUGUUGGAUCCUCAGGGGAGGUAUCAGGCGGCGUCGAUCGUUGUAGGGCGAUGAUGGAGGUGGUGAGGAAGGAGAGUGGACUAUGGUUGGUGUCUAAGGUUGUUCUGGAGCAUCCUCACUCGCUUGCCCCACCACCUGAUCCUGCUGGUACUGUUGCAGGCGGCAGGCUGGUUCCAUCGGUAGGCAUGGAAUUUGACUCCAUCUCGAUGGCAAAGGCAUUCUACUACACUUACAGUGAGAAGAUGGGGUUCAAAGCCAGGACUGGUUCUGGUCAGCGUUCGAGGGGCAAUAGAAUUCUGGUGAUGCAGAGGUUUCUGUGCUCCAAGGCGAAUUAUACUUUCUUUGGAAAACCUACUAGUGAAAGCACGGUGAAAAAGAAGAGAGGACCAUACAAAAAGAGAACUGCUACUACGAGGAGUGAAGGCAAUCUGGAUAGUGCGGCAGAGGUAGUUCUAGGUGACGACGCUUCGGAGAAAGUGGUUAUUGAGGGUCAGAGUAGUCAGCUUGUUAAAAUAGCAACUUUCGAAGAGAAGGAUGGUAUGACAAAGCAGUCAGCUUCAGUUUCUGAUUUGGGAAAUAAUGUUGCCACCGUGGGUAUGGAUGGACAAAAGGUACCCUUGGGCGGGAUUCCAGCUCAGUCUCGGCUUUUAAGAGAGCUUGGUAUAAGAGUUUCCAAGUACACAAAUGAGGAGAGAAGAGAUAUAAUUCUUAGGUACAUGAGAAAGAGGAAUAACAGACAUGUUGUGGAUAGAUCGAUGAAGGUUCCUUCCCGACAAGCUUUAGCUGAAAGGCGCCAAAGAGGAUUUGGAGGAAAAUUUCUCAGCAAGGAAGAUAUAGAAUUGCAGGCCCUUGGUAAGCCACAGGAAACAGUCGACGAAGAUCCAGAAGUCCCUCCUGAAGUGGUUGCAAAAGCUGGUGGUGUGCCUAUGGUGGGCAUGGGCUUUGAUUCCGAAGAAAAAGCAUACGAGUACUAUGCUAACUAUGCUGCAAAUAUAGGGUUUAGUGUACGGAAAGGUUUGUGGGAUAAAUCUGCAAAAAAUAUUACUAGAUCCAGGAUAUAUGUUUGUUCGAGAGAGGUAUUUCGACCAAAGAAUGCAGCUAGUGAGACGAAGAAGUCAUGGUCUGAAGCAAGAACUGGCUGUCAUGCAAAGAUGGUCAUCAAAGCUACCUCUCUAGGUAGGUACCGUGUGACUGAAUUUGUAGUAGACCACAGUCAUCAGCUUGCGUUACCAUUGGAUAUUCAAAUUUUGAAGUCACAGAAGCUUUUAUCCAAUGCUCAACAUAGAAAUCACCAAAAUGCUGAUCUUAUCCCUGCUGGUUAUAAGAAUUAUAUACGGGCAAAGCGCAUAAGGGCCAUGAAGGUGGGAGAUGCAGGAAUUAUUUUGGAAUAUUUUCAAAAGAUGAAAGAAUGCAAUCCGUCUUUCUACUAUGGCAUUCAGGUUGAUGAAGAUGAUAAAAUGACCAAUGUAUUCUGGGCAGAUGCCAGAUCAAUUAUGGAUUACUACUACUUUGGUGAUGUUGUAUGUUUUCAUAUGCCUUAUAAAACAAAUGUCUAUGAUAAGCCUCUUGCUCUGUUCAUAGGUGUAAAUCAUCACAAGCAAGCUGUUAUAUUUGGUUCAGCAUUUUUAUAUGACGAGACGACAGAAAGUUUCAAGUGGUUGUUUGAGACUUUCCAGACUGCGAUGGCUGGUAAGCAACCUAAAACCAUCUUCACAGAUCAAUGCCCUGAGCUUGAUGAUGCAAUUGCUGCUAUUUGGCCUGACACUGCUCAUCGACUCUGCACUUGGCAAAUAUACCAGCAUGCUUUCAAACAUCUGAACGAAUUAUUCCAAGUAUCAGAAAGUUUUGUGCAUGAAUUUUGCAGAUGUAUCUUUGAUAUUGAGGAGGAAGAGGAGUUUCUAGCUGCAUGGUCAAUAAUGCGGGAGAAAUACAAUCUUAAAGAAAAUGAAUGGCUACAAAAAAUAUAUGAGAAGAAAGAAAAAUGGGCCCCGGCUUAUUGCAGAGAUACAUUUUGUGCAGAUCUGCAAUCUACCUUGCGUGGUGAAUGCUUGAAUGACUUUCUGAAAGAAUGGUUGAACAACGAUGCAGAUCUAUCUUAUUUCUUUAGGCAAUAUGAAAAGCUUUUGGAGGAGAAACACAGCGCAGAAUUGCAAGCUGAUUAUAACGCAAAUCAAGAUAUACUAAGAAUACCUCUUUUACGGAUGCUUUGGCAAGCUGCUAAUAUUUAUACGCCUGCAGUGUUUGAGAUCUUCAGAACUGAGUUCGAGCUGUUUAUGAAUUGUGUUGUUUGCAGCUGUGGUGAGAUUGGCACUUGA